AUGUCCACGCGUCGAAGGGACAGGUCGCGCUCUAUUUCAUUGGAACGACCUCCAAGAGGUGUUUCUGAGAUUACAGAAAAGGAUUUUUUCCUCAAACACGACGCCUUCCAGCUUUGGCUGAGGGAGGAAAAGGACAAGUACUUCACCGAAUUGAGUGGCGAAAAGGCGCGCAGCUAUUUCCGCAAGUUUGUCAAGAGCUGGAACAGAGGGCGACUGGACAAGAAGUAUUACGAGGAUACAGACGGUGCCCAAAGAGCAGCAUCUUCGACGUCGUACAGAUGGGCCUUUGCCAGUAGUGACAAGGUCAGCGAAAAGGAGAUUCGUGGAGCUAGAGACGCAGUCAGGGAGGCUACAAACAACGCCCGUGGAGACCUGCGUCCUGUCCAGGGACCAACACUCCCACCUUUGGACGAUCAUCAAGGUGGCGCUUCGGCCUCGGAUAGACAAUACGAACGAGAGAUGGAGGAGGAAAGGCGACAGAUUGAGCAGAAGUUUUCGCGUAAAAGGGCUCGAGCCGAGGAUAAUGACCGAAUCGAGGACGCAAUAGGUCCUCGCGAAGUUGGACGUGAGAGAAUGCUAGAGAACAAGCGCGCAAGAAGGGAAGGCGAUCGAGCCUUUCGAGAGAAGGAUACCGAGCCAGAUAUCGACGCAGAUUCGCUGAUGGGAGGUGACAGUUUCCAAGCGAGGCUUGCCCAGCGCGAUGCGGCUCGCAAGCGAUUCGAGGAAAAGAGGCGUGGCGAGCGUGAAGCAAAGGAACAAGCAAGCCGAGAUAGAGUGGAAAAUAUGCGGCAGAAAGACAAAGCAACCAUGGAAAUGUUCAAAGCUCUCGCGAAAGAGCGCUUUGGGAAUUGA